UUAGUGUAAAAGGAAUUUAGUAUCCGUGCACCAAACGGCCAAGUGCUAACUCUGGCGCAGUCGUUGUGGGAAUACCCCUCCCACCGCGUUUAAAUGCCUCAGCUCAUUGAGAAAAGCCGAACGUACUACAGCUACUUAAAGCUACUCACAACACAGCUACUCCACAUCCUGCUGUUAAAUAUAAACUCCACAUGUCAGCAACCUGCAUCCGCAUCCCCAUCACCAACUGUAGCUCUCUGUAGCAACCAAAUAGCCGAUUGUUACUUUGUUUUUGACGUUUGUUUAAGUGAAAUAUAAACAGUAUUCAUUAGCCUAGCAUUUUGCGAAAGGGGUGUUGACCUGAACACAUUAAAUUUCCUCUAUAUUUUGAUAAUCUUUUAAAUAUUUCAUUCAUUCGAAAAGUUAGAUUUAAUCAUGCAGUGUAUGUCACAAUACAUUUUUUUUUUAUUAUGAGGUAUGUGGGAAAUUAGUUCUCGGCACACGCAAUUAAAAAGAAAACUUUGCAUAAAACGUAACAAUUUUUUAAACAUAGACCUUUCAGUAUCCAUCCAUCUUAUAUGCUGCUUUAUCCUAGAGUGCUGCAUCAGAUCACAGCUAACUGUGGGUACUUGACAGGCCUUCAGUCCAUCACAGGGCAAACGCAUAGAGACAGGCAACCACACACACUCGCGUUCAUACCUAAAGGCAAACCAGGGUCACUGAUUUACAUCACAUGAAAGUUUGUGGACUGUGGGGAGGAACCUCAUGAACAUAUAGGGAGAACAUGCAAGUUGCACACAGAAAGGCCCGGUUGGUGUUAGAACUCAGUUCAUCAUAAGCGAUGAGGAUUAUGAAAUAUAUUAAAAUAAGAUGAUGAAGAAAGGCACCAUACAAAAGUAAAAAAAAAAGGAAUAAAUAAGAAAGUUCCUAAAAAUAGUGUAAUUUAUUGUUUGUUGGAAAGCUUAAGCAAAUAUGAGCAUUUUAAUGUCUGAUUUUAAAGAAUCCGUGUGUCAGCAGGGAGUUUAUUCCACAGGCGAGAAGCGCAGGAACUCAAAGCUGCUUCUGACUCUUGAUACACUGUGUAAACCUUUUAUCAUACAGACUGAAAUCCAUUCAGUUUGCUCUGCUGAAUGCUACAAUGUUUACCUCAUGGAUGUCCAGACAUUUUCCACUGAGCACCAUGUACAGAAAAAUAUAGAAAGUGAAUGGCAGCUUGCUGGAGAUACAUACGUGCUGCUCAGCUCCUGUCCUGUGAAUUUAAAUCAGCUGCUCCAUUAAGUAAAUGAUGCUUUUGAGGGCUGUGGUCUGGACAAGUCAGGUCUCCCUAGUGCUAACAUCUUACUCUCACAAUCCAGAAUACACCAUGAAUCACAAAAAAAAAAAAAAAAAAAAAAAAUUCCUUUUGGUCAAUACACACAGGUCAUACUGCAUGUUGUAAUGAACCAUCAGAUCAAGGAUUUUCCUUGCAGUCACAGAUUCCAAAGCUAUUUAGUCAGAAAAUUGCAUUAUUUCCACAGUUUUGGUUCAAGCAAAAUGAAUUAUGCUCUGCAGAAAUCCAUGCAGGAGAAGGUGAAAUCAUCACGUUGUCUAAAAGAGGAAACACACAAACUAAUAAAUAGGGACAAAAGUACCUCAAAUUUUGCUAAAUCUGUUCACUGUGUGUCAUGCUCCAGCCCUUUAUCCUUCGUUUGGUUGUGCAGAUAUCUAAAGUUUCCCUUCUGCUACCUUCUUGUCCACGCAGCAACACGGAGUGUCAAGAUGAAGAAGAAAGCUCGGCAGCACCGGGUUUCGGUGCCGCAGAGGCCGCCCUCCCCCAUCAAGCCCUCCCCCAACAAGCAGAUCCUGACGUACGCCCAGGCGCAGCGCAUGGUGGAGUUCGAGCUGGAAGGACGCAUCCACCGGCUCAGCAUAUAUGACAAGCUGGACGUGAUCUCUGACGAUGACCCCAUGGUGCAGGAAAUGAUGGAGUGUACCAGCAAUAAGGAGAAUGCCGAGAAGCCUCAGCAGCAGGUCCUUCUCAGAUCGGUCCGGCUGAAGAACAACCAGGAGAAGAGAAACGCUGCGCUGGGCAUCACGAGCCAAGCAGAGGGAGGUGGGCAGCCUGCGAGUGGGAACGCCAGCCCAAAGCUUCCGGAGCCUAAAUUCCGCACUGUGGAGUAUAACCUUCCUGCAGUCCCUAAGCGCCAAGCUGCCUAUUUUAAAUACACGGAGAAGACGCAGGAGGAGCUCGACGAGGAAACCGAAUACGACAUGGACGAGGAAGAUUACGCCUGGCUGGAUUUAGUCAAUGAAAAAAGGCGAAGCGAAGGCGUCAGUCAGGUUUCUCACAAUGUGUUUGAGUUCCUUAUUGACCGUUUUGAGAAGGAGCUGCACCUGGAAAGCUUGGACCAGGGGAGCGAGAAGACGACUCCCAUCGACGAAGACGCCGUCUGCUGCAUCUGCAUGGACGGGGAGUGCCACAACAGCAACGCGAUCCUCUUCUGCGACAUGUGCAACGUGGCCGUGCACCAAGAAUGUUACGGCGUGCCCUACAUUCCAGAGGGCCAGUGGCACUGCAGGCACUGCCUCCAGUUGCCGAUGGUGCCAGCGGACUGCAUCCUGUGCCCCAACAAGGGCGGCGCGGUGAAGAAGACGGACGACGACCGCUGGGGCCACGUGGUGUGCGCCCUCUGGGUCCCGGAGGUCGGCUUCUCCAACACCACCUUCAUCGAGCCCAUCGACGGCAUCAGCCACAUCCCCCCGGCCCGCUGGAAGCUCACCUGCUACCUCUGCAAGGAGAAGGGCGUCGGGGCGUGCAUACAGUGCCACAAAGCCAACUGCUACACUGCCUUUCACGUCAGCUGCGCCCAGAAGGCUGGCCUCUUCAUGAAGAUGGAGCCAAUCAAAGAGGUGACCGACACCGGCGAGCCCACCUUCUCUGUGAAAAAGACAGCCUACUGUGGAGUUCACACACCCAACGGGUGCGUGAAGAGGCCUCUCACCAUUUACGAUGACGCCAAACCCAAAAACGGACUGUGUAAGAAAGUGGAAAAAGGCAAGGUGGACGGUAAAGGACACUCGAAAGGAAAGCAGAAAAAGAAGAGUAAGAGCAAGAGUAAGCAGCCUGAGCUUGAGGUCGAAAGCGAAGCUCCAGCUCCUGUUCCUGUGCCUACCUUCCCUGCACACAGACUGCAAACAAUCCUGAACCAGGUGUCGGUUCAAAAGAAGAAAGCGUUCGUGGAGCUGGUCCUAAAUUACUGGACACUGAAGAGGCAGUCCAGGAAUGGGUUGCCCCUCAUCAGACGCCUUCAGACAAGCCUGCAGUCACAGAAGAAUGCACAACCGAGGCAGAACGAGGAAGAAAGCAGGGCCUUGAAAGAACAGCUGAAAGAAUGGCACCGCCUCCGGCACGACCUGGAGAGAGCCCGGCUGCUGCUGGAGCUAAUCCGCAAGAGGGAAAAGCUGAAGAGGGAAGAGAUCAAACUCCAGGAGACGCUCCUGGAGAUGCAGUUGACGCCCUUUAGCAUUUUACUCAGAAGCCUCUUGGACCAGCUCCAGGCUAAAGACCAGGCCAGGAUCUUCACCCAGCCUGUGGAUGUCAGUGAGGUGCCUGACUACCUGGAUCACAUCAAGCACCCGAUGGACUUCUCCACCAUGCGGCAGCGCAUCGACGCUCAAAACUACAACAACUUCGACGAAUUUGAGGGCGACUUCAACCUCAUCGUUGACAACUGCAUGAAGUAUAACUCGAAGGACACGUAUUUCUACCGAGCGGCCGUUCGACUCCGAGACCAGGGCGGAGCCUUGCUCCGGAAAGCCCGGCGAGACGUGGAGAAGAUUGGCUUCGACAGGGAAAGCGGCAUGCAUCUGGACGAAGCGCCUGAGAUGAAAGCAGCGCCGUCGUUUUCUUGGGAGGAUGUGGACCGUCUGCUCGUGCCGGCUAACCGGGAGCACCUGUCCCUGGACAAGCAGCUGCAGCAGCUCCUGGAAAAGUUUGACCUGACCUGUGCCAUGAAGUCCAGCCCUUCGCGCAGCAAGCGCAUGAAGCUGCUCAAAAAGACCAUCAACGACGUGCGCAGCGAGAUGAGCCUCAAGAGAGUCCUGCCCUCCCACCACCUGUGCUUGUUGUCCCCUUCUACAUCGACGUCGUCGUCUUCGGCCUCAGCCCCCCUCCUCCCAGAGCCGGCGAAAAUCAAAGAAGAGGGACCAAAGCCCAAUGGGCACUUCGCAGACGAUGAGGGCGAUAAGUCUCUUCCUCCGACUCUGGAGCCGUCGGACUCCAUACCCCCCCUCAUCCACUCCGACGCAGAUCCCGAGCCCCCCACCCUCAAACCCAUCGACGCCGCGCCGGACUGCGAGGACAAGUCUCAGGCCAAGCGGCUCAAGUUGGACGAGGACAUACCGGACCUGUUCCCGUCCGCCCCGCCGCGCCUCAACGGCCACUCCCACGACGGCCUGCAGAGCGCCCUGCUGGACGGCGACAUGAGCGUGGUGGCCACGUCCACCCUGGCCGAGCCCACGGGCACGGUCAGCCGCCGGACCGCCGUCCUCUUCCGCAAAUCCAAGGCGGCCAGCCCGCUCAAGCCGGUCAGGGGCGGGGACGAGGGGCCGGACCGGGCGGACGGGGAGGAGGGCGAGGAGGGGUUGGAGGAGGUGGAGGAAGACGAGGACGGCGGCCAGAUGGGCUCCAAGUCCUUCCUGUCGGUGGUCAUACCGAGGCUGGAGACGCUGCUUCACGGGAAGAAGAGGAAACACAGCGGCGGCAGAGACAGCGAGGAGGAGGAGGAGGAGGAGGGUGGGGAGGGAGAGCACGAGGAAGAGGGCGGCUCGCCUGUGAAAAGACUCGACACAGGCCUGUCGAGUGGUUUUCUGGAGGUGGAGGAAGAGAAGGAGCUGGAGGCGGCCGAAAGAAGCAGCCGACCCGUGGAGCCGCGGAGACGCUGCGCCUCCGAGUCCUCCAUCUCCUCCUGCAGCAGCCUGCCGGGAAGCACCAGCACAAUUCUCAGUCUUCCAAAAUGCGGGAAGGGGAAGCCCGCUCUGGUCCGGAGAAACACUGUGGAUGACAAAAGUGAACUGAUCGCCUGCAUCGAAACGGGGAACUUUGCAAAAGCCGCUCGGAUUGCUGCCGAGGUUGGCAACAGCAAUAUUUGGAUGCCCGCUAGUGCUGCAACAGUUGCAUUGGAACCCCUAAAGCUAGUUUGGGCCAAAUGUAGUGGAUACCCUUCCUACCCUGCCUUGAUCAUCGACCCUCACAUGCCGCGGGUGGGCUGCCAGCACAACGGGGUGUCCAUCCCCAUGCCCCCCAUGGACGUGCUCCGGAUCGGAGAGCAGAUGCAGUACAAAGCCGAAGAGAAACUCUACCUCGUCCUCUUCUUCGACAACAAGCGCAGCUGGCAAUGGCUUCCUAGGUCCAAGAUGGUUCCUCUGGGGAUGGACAAGACCAUCGACAAGAUCAAAAUGAUGGAGGGACGCACGUCCAGCAUCCGAAAGGCUGUCCAGAUCGCCUUCAGCCGCGCCAUGAACCACCUGAGCAUAGUGCAGGACGAGCCAGUCAGCGACCUCAGUGAUGUGGACUGAUGAUGCUGCGGCCGCUCUGCCAACACACACACACACACACAAACACACACACACACACACGCACACGCGCGUACCUCUCCUGUACCAAAUAAGUUCUCACCAACCCCACACCAAAACUCGUGAUCCCCCUCCGUCUCCGCGGGAGACUAAAAUGUUUACUGAGCACCAGCCGUUGGCGGCGGCGUCUCAUCCUCCUCCAUUCCUGCUCCUCCACUUCUCACCAUGUGCCGAUGGGAAACGGCUGCUGCUGAAAUGAAUGUGUUCCAUAUGUAAACCCCACCACCCCACCUCCAGACCCGUAGCUGUGCUUAGAGAACGCCGUUUCAUCGCCCUCCUCUUCCCCCUCGCCAUUUCCAUUUAUCAUUUCAAGGCUAAACUGUUAGUGAUUGAUUUUCUUCCGUUUUUGGUAGCCUUGCCAGAUCUGUCGGCGCUGUCAGGGCUUUAAGUCGGUCGAGCACUGAAACAUCAACCGUUAAAAUUUGGCUGUAGCUAUAAAGUGUUGAACUUAAAUCUGUUAUUCUGGCUGUUCGCCAGUCGUUCCUGUAUUUCUUUGCUUAACGAGGUGCUACUAAAACGGCUGAAGUGGUUAAAAAACAAUACAUUUCCUUCCUUCAAAAAGGCUUUUGAAGUGAACCCUGGCUCGGUAGAAUGGCGGGCUUUAUAAAACUCCUCUCCCCCUUUAAAAUGCAUAUUAAUGAAUUCUUAAUUUAAUGAUUUUGUGCCUCUGGAAGAUCUUUUAGUUUAGAAACGAAUUGCUGUCCAAAGCCAGAAUUGUGUAAUCUAACAAUGAGAAUGUUGCCUGUCCCUUCGUAGCUUUACUUGCAGUCUACGGUGAAGAAAAUAUGAAUUGCUCUGAGCUUUUCUGGAGACGUGGUGGAGAAUGGAGCUCGUCACCAUUGAACCACCACUCCGUAUCGUCUGCUUUGCGUCGUCAGGGACGCUGUUGCUCUUCACUCGGCCAUUGAGCAUUGGCGCGUAGCUCCACUCUGCUUUUCAGAUGCACAUGCUCAUUCACUUGACGACAGGAGCUCCUCGCCUCUUACGCCACUCGCAUCUCCAGAAAAGCUGAAUACACUCCAACCUGGUUGAAAAUUGCAGCCUCUUGAUAUUCUCCUCUCCUUUCACCAUGACUUAUGCAGCCAGAGAUCACUCCAAUUGAAGUUAAUGGCAGCACCGCAAACUUUUUCUUUUUUUUCUUUUUUUUUUCUUAGAGCAGAUACUUUCCACCUAUCAAUCAACCUGAACAGCCGGGUUCCCUUUGAAAAUGUAUUGAAUCUGUAGCUGAAGCCUGUCAAGGUCACAUUUUUCAUCUUCAAGUCGGUUUCUUUUACAAAUACCUUCCUUUGUAUUUAUACUGUAAAUAGACUGUACAGCUGCCUGACAUUAACUUAUUUUGUAGUUUUGACAUAAAUGGUUACUGUACAGGUGUUUUCUUAGUAUUUAUACUUGAUACAUUCUUGGUUCUAAAGUCUGAGUGCUGUUUUGCCAGUGCUGUAUGAUCCGUGAGAAUAAAAAAAAUGUGCAAAAGCCUUAGUGUUAAGGAAAUUAGGGCUAAAAUGUAAUGUUCCUCAAAAA